AUGGCUAAAAAGGAUAAUAUUCAGGUUGGCAAGGGUAUAGACAUAGAAUGGAACAUUGUUCUAGGGGAAAAUUCAUGUGAAGUACAACUUUACAUUAAGAGACAAUCCGAAUACUCUGUCUCAGCAGGAGAUCCUUUUAAACUGGAGUGCCCUGUGAAAUACUGUGCUAGCAGACCUGAUGUGACUUGGUGCAAGCUCAAAGGAACAGAGUGUUUACAUCUUGGGGAUAGACAUCAGCAACACACGAGUUGGGAAGAAAGGAAGAAUAUUGCAGUUUUUAUCCUACACUUUGAAGCAAUGCUUCCUAGUGACAGUGGGUCAUACCGCUGUUCUGCAAAUUCUUCAUCUAGACUCAUUAAAAGCCACUCAAUUACCAUUUCUGUGACAGAAUGGACUCUUAAUAAUUCAGAACACCUUCUAAGAACAUUGACUGACAUUCCAGAUGCAACCAGCACCUCAGGACCACUCUCCGAGGAAGAGAUAGCAGGCAGACCAUGGCUCCUUUACAGUUUGGUUCCUUUGGGGGGACUGCUUCUACUCGUCAUGACCUGUUUCUGCCUGUUCUGCUGUCUACGAAGGCACCAAGAGAAACAAAAGAAGUCUGCUGAUACACCAAGAAGGGAAAUUAACCUGACAUGUCUGCAUGGUAGAACUCUGCCAAGGAGAUGUAAUAGACAUCCUACUGCACACAUCACAAUGAGGAUGACAGAACCAAAUAAGGUUGAUGUUCCCCAUUCCUUUAGGACUGAGAAAACUGAAGUGGGCACCAGGCAAAAUUCCCAAACACUACCAUCAGAAACUGAAAUUUAUGACAAUGACCCUGACUCUUGGGUCAGGAUGCAGAAAGGGCCUGAAGUUUAUUCUAACCCAUGCCUGGAGGAAAACAAACAGGGCAUUGUUUACGCUUCCCUGAACCACUCCAUCAUUGGAAUGAACCCAAGACAGGGAAGAAACGUGAAAGAAGCAUCAACAGAAUAUGCAUCCAUAUGUGUGAGGAGUUAAAUGUGGCCCUGACUCCAGCCAGUGAUCACUGCAUGAUCAGCAUGUCAGCACCAUUGUCUGGGCCCAACAGGACAUCUAACAAUGUUUCUCAACUUGGGAAUUUUCCCAUUAAGGAGGUUCAUGUUGGUUCUCAGUUCUUAAGGAUAUAUAGGACAAAUGAUUAAAAUUUCUCCUGGAAUCUUUUUGAGACGCCUUUUAUAUUAUAGCCUUGAGCAACAAAAUCUUCUCUCCAAGACUGACUGAUAUCAUCAGUAGCAGAAUAGUAGAAUAUUUAAACUUAGCUACAUUUUACCCAAUAUACAAACUCAAUUUUUCUUUUGGAACUAUCAGAGAAAUGUGUAGGGAAGAGAGGUUUGUGUUAUCUGGUUCAGCUCACUACACACACUUAAAAAAGAAAGAAUGUACCAGUUUGACUAACCAACCAUAAAUACAGAAAUGAUCAUAUGUUUUCAGUCAACCUUUCACAAUAAGAAAUUUUACUAUGUCAAUCUAAGACUGGUGUUUCUUAAAUGUAAAGGAGAAAUAAUUUUAGACUUUUUAUAAGAAAAGAAUGGAAAGAUUAAAUGGUGCAAUAAAGAUACAGAAUACAUCAAUAGGGUGUGGGGUAGUUGUUCCCCGUAACUGGCAAACUUGUAUCUACCCUAUUAGAUUGCCAAGAAAAUACAGAUAUUACUAGAGCAAUUGAUGUAUAGUGCAUUUAUGAGCAAAGUGGUGACUCAGUAUUUGGGUCACAUAGACUAAUGUAUAUGAAUGUGACAUAAUGCUGCUGAACUAAUACAU